AUGGAGUUCGGGCUGGAGCCCAACACCUCAUCCAUCUUGGGACUCUCAGCCUCACAUGAGCAGGCACUGCGACUCACCUUUGCGGGCCUGUGUAGUCUCAUCUUGCUGGUGGGGCUGCUAGCCAACGGGCUGAUGCUGCUGGUGGUGGGCCGUGGCCCCAGUGCCCCCCGCCCGUUGCUUGCUCUGACCAACAGCCUCAUGGUGAACAUCACGCUGUCCGACCUGCUCUUCCUGGUUUGCGUGGUUCCUGUGCUGCUGCUCAGCUUUCUACAGCAAGACUGGUGGCUGGGCCCCACCAUCUGCACUACAAGCCAGGCUGCCAACAAUGCCACCAUGUUCUGCACCUUCUACAGCAUGGUGGCCACAGCUCUCCUGCGCCACAUGGCUGUGGCCUGGCCUGAUGUGGCACUGCCAGCCGGCCUGGGUGCCCGGCUAUUGCUCUGUGGGGUCAUGUGGGGCCUGGGCCUCGUCGCCUCACUGCCCAACUGGCUGUUCCAGGCAGUAGUGGUGGAGGAGGGCGGUGCGGCCUGCCUCCUGCUCCUGCGCCCUGAGCAGAUCUCCUGCUACUUCACCCUGCUGGGUGCUCUGGCCUUCCUGCCUUGCAUGCUGGGCCUGGGCUGCUCCUUCGGACAUGUGAACUGGCUUCUACGGGUACAACCCCGUGGGCCCUUGGGGGAGAGCACCCAGGAGCAUCAAGAGAAUACAGGGCUCAUUCUCAUCGUGCUGGUGGUCUUUGUGCUCAUGUGGGGCCCCUGUUCUGUGAUGGGGUACAUGGCAGCUGUGGGGGAACUGCCAGAAUCACCGGUGGCUUUUGUGGCCUCAAGCUUCUGCACCAUUCUGGCUUACUCCAACUGUGCUGUCAGCCCCAUCCUCUGCUUCUACCUCUCCCGCCCCUUUCGAGAGGGGCUCAGGGCUAUCUUCUGUGGGCCCAGAGUGAUCAGGCAGCCCAGGAGUGGGCAUGGGGUUGCCAUGGAGACAGAGCAUGACCAGCCCAAUCAACACAGGACCCCUGGAAGCACAUGGGGCCUGGCAGGAGUCUGA